GGCGCUGUCAAAUGCGCGGCGCCUGGAAGCGGCGCCCUCAGUGCGGCUGGGAGAGCCAUGGCGACCGCCGCGUCUAACCACUACAGCCUGCUCGCCUCCGCCUCGCCCCUGGUGCACGCCGAGCCGCCGGGGAGCAUGCAGCCCGGCGCCGGCUACCGGGACGCCCAGGCGCUGGUGCAGGCGGACUACGCGCUGCAGAGCAACGGGCACCCGCUCAGCCACGCUCACCAGUGGAUCACGGCGCUGUCCCACGGCGGCGGCGGAGGAGGAGGCGGCGGAGGCGGCGGCGGAGGAGGAGGAGGGGACUCGCCCUGGUCCACCAGCCCGCUGGGCCAGCAGGACAUCAAGCCCUCGGUGGGGCAGGCCGGCGGCCGGGGGGACGAGCUGCAGCAGCAGCAGCAGCAGCAGCACCACCCGCAGCAGCAGCAGCAGCCCGGCAGACCGCCGCACCUGGUGCACCACGCCGGCGGCCACCACGCCGCCGUGGCGGCGGCCGUGGCCUGGAGGACGGGCGGCUCGGCUCACCUGCCGCCGGGCCUGGCGGCGGCCAACGGCGGCGGCCAGGGCGGGCUCCUGUACUCGCAGGCGCCGGGCUUCACGGUCAACGGGAUGCUGGGCGGGGGGCAGGCGGGCAUGCACCACCACGGCCUGCGGGACGCCCACGAGGAGCAGCAGCCGCCCCCGCCGCCCCCGCCGCCCCCGCACCACCCCGACCACCUCCCCCCGCCGCCCCCGCCGCAGCAGCAGCAGCAGCACCCCCACGGCGGCCCCCCGCCCCACCACCACCCGCCCCACCACCACCACGAGGCGCACUCCGACGAGGACACGCCGACCUCGGACGACCUGGAGCAGUUCGCCAAGCAGUUCAAGCAGCGGCGCAUCAAACUGGGAUUUACCCAAGCGGACGUGGGCCUGGCGCUGGGCACCCUGUACGGCAACGUCUUCUCGCAGACCACCAUCUGCCGCUUCGAGGCCCUGCAGCUCAGCUUCAAGAACAUGUGCAAGUUGAAGCCCCUGCUGAACAAGUGGCUGGAGGAGGCGGACUCGUCGUCGGGCAGCCCCACCAGCAUAGACAAGAUCGCGGCGCAGGGGCGCAAGCGGAAAAAGCGCACCUCCAUCGAGGUGAGCGUCAAGGGCGCCCUGGAGAGCCAUUUCCUCAAGUGCCCCAAGCCCUCCGCCCAGGAGAUCACCUCGCUGGCGGACAGCCUCCAGCUCGAGAAGGAGGUGGUCCGCGUGUGGUUUUGUAACAGGAGACAGAAAGAGAAACGCAUGACCCCCCCGGGGGGGACUCUGCCGGGAGCCGAGGACGUGUAUGGGGCCAGCAGGGACACGCCGCCGCCGACGCACCACGGGGAACAAGACUGGGGAGAUGCUCUUCCCCUCCCUUCCAAUCACCCCCUGACAACGUUGCUUCAAAGCUGCCUUUAAUUACGGAACAACUUGCUUGAUAGUCGGAUAGAAGAACGCGGCCUUCCCUUCACGAGGCGUCUAAAUUCCACACGCUCCCUAUCUAUUCAACGAGCCCUAAUGGGCUUUGGCUUCUCAUAUUAUUAUUCAUUAUCAUCUCUGGGGUGGCUCUGGAUUAUGUGGUUUCUUUGCUCACCACAUCUUGUUUUAUCUCUCUUUCAUUGUUGCUAUUGCUGGGUAGUGUUGGUGUACAGUUUUCUCCAUGGAACGAAUUAUUCCUAUUUAACACGCAAUAGGAGGGAACGCUACACAGGAACAGGAUUGCUUUCAU